UGAUAAGACAAAACACGGAGUUAAAAAAUGGACGCGGAUGAAAGUUACUCUCUAAAAAUUGAGGCUCAGGAAGUUAUCAAAGAAAUUAAAUAUGCUGUUAAAAGUGUUGAACUGUCGAAAAUACUUCAAAGUACAGAGGAAUGUGUCUACUUCAAUAUGGAAACCAAGGAGAAUCACAAAUAUACUGUUGAACUCACUCCCAAAGGAUUUCGGUUGGUAGGAACACAAUUUGAUGUGUUGGACCAAGCAGAAGAUGAAAAUGCCAAAUAUUAUGAGACAAUCUACGCACUGCUUGACUCGAUUAGUCCCGAGUACAGAAAUACUUUUAGUGAUACGCUUAUACAGAAACUUCAAGGCCUUCAUAGUAUGCAACAUGGUGAUGGGUCCGAGGACACUUGACAUCAGACUGGAAGGACAUUGCUGGCUUGAUGGUCCCAGUUCCAUAGGAUAGCUACUGGGCAAGAAAUGUUGACACUAGAUUUUGGAAUGGAUCUUCAUCUUGUAAAUGAAUACAGAAUAUAACAAAGCCAGCAUCAUCUUGGGUAGAUUAGUUCAGGACUGUUUGUAUAAUCAGAGUAGUGUUAUCUUUAUCAUCACAUUGAUAUCAACAUCACCAUGCUUUCAUCUUCCCAGUGAUAUCAUCUUCACAUUGAUAUCUUCAACUUCACAAUGGUAUCAUCUUCAACUUCACAGUGAUAUCAUCUUCAACUUCACAGUGAUAUCACCUUCAAGUUCACAAUGGUAUCAUCUUCAACUUCACAGUGAUAUCACCUUCAACUUCAAAAUGAUAUUACCUUCAACUUCACAGUGAUAUCACCUUCAACCACACAGUGAUAUCACCUUCAACUUCACAGUGAUACCAUCUUCAACUUCACAGUGAUAUCACCUUCAACAUCACAGUGAUAUCAUCUCCAACUUCACAAUGAUAUCAUCUGCAAAUUUACAAUGAUAUCAUCUGCAACAUCACAAUGAUAUCACCUUCAACUUCACAAUGGUAUCAUCUUCAACUUCACAGUGAUAUCACCUUCAACAUCACAAUGUUAUCUGCAACUUUACAGUGAUACCAUCUUCAACAUCACAAUGAUAUCAUCUUUAACAUCACAAUGAUUUCAUCUGCAUUUUCCCAGUGAUCAUCGUCUUCAACUUCGCAGUAAUAUCAUCUUCAACUUCACAGUGAUAUCUUUUCAACUUCACAGCAAUAUCAUCUUCAACUACACAAUGAUAUCAUCUUCAGCUUCAUAGUGAUAUCUCUACAACUUUACAGCAAUAUCAUCUUCAACUUCACAUUGAUUUCAACUUCACAGCGAUAUCAUCUUUGUAAUGAUAUUAUCUUCAAUUUCACAGUGGUAUGAUUUUCAACAUGGCAUACUUAUCACGUGUAGUGUUUCAAGCAAUAAUGACUCACUCAUGCCUACAGUAUAGAACCAGGCUAGAACGUCCUUACCAUACAGUGUCACAUUCUGUUAUACUGUUUACUUUUAAUGGUAGUAUUUGAUAGUGAAAAAUCAUUAACUGGCUGUGAACUGAUCUUAUGUCAAAGUAGGAAUAUGUUAUAGUUCAUAGUAUAAAUUUAGCAAAGUUCUUGAAAAAUGGUCUCUUUAGUAAACUAUUAAUGUAAUGAAACUUAUUGUAGAUAUUGGUUGUAAUUUAGUAAUCUUACAUCAAUAUUUUCACUCCAUAUGUAGAGUUUUCAAAUUUUUAUGCCCCCACAGAGUGGGAGCAUAUAGCGUUGCACUUGUCCGUCCGAGUGUCCGUCCGUCUGGCCGUACGUCCCGAAAUCUUGUGAACGCAACUCCUCUUAAACAGGAUGGCAGAUUUUGCUUAAACUUCCAGGGAUGAACAACCUUAAUGUGUAGAUGGCAGUAAAGGAAGGAAUUUUUGCUGCAACCAAAUUUAACAGAAUUAUGGCCCUUUGUUGAUUUUUUCACUAUAUACUAUGUAGAAAUUUUGUGAACGCAACUCCUCUUAAACCGGAUGGCAGAUUUUGCUUAAACUUUUAGGGACAAACAACCUUAAUGUGUAGAUGGCAGUAAAGGGAGGAAUUUUUGCUGCGACCAAAUUUAACAGAAUUAUGGCCCUUUGUUGAUUUUUUCACUAUAUACUAUGUAGAAAUUUUGUGAACGCAACUCCUCUUAAACCGGAUGGCAAAUUUUGCUUUAACUUCCAGGGAUGAACAACCUUAAUGUGUAGAUGGUAGCAAAGGAAGGAAUUUUUGCUUCGACCAAAUUUAACAGAAUUAUGGCCCUUUGUUCAUUUUUUCACUAUAUACUAUGUAGAAAUUUUGUGAAUGCAACUCCUCUUAAACUUGAUGGCAGAUUUUGCUUAAACUUCCAGGGAUGAACAACCUUAAUGUGUAGAUGGUAGUGAAGGAAGGAAUUUUUGCUGCAACCAAAUUUAACAGAAUUAUGGCCCUUUGUUGAUUUUUAGUUUUCAACUUGUGGCACAUGUAGUCCAAAAAAUAUUUGACCUAGCGUCAUAAGAUUGACAGAACAGUGGCGUGUGGGGGCAUCCGUGUCCUAUGGACACAUUUCCAGUUUUAUUGUUAUUGUAAUUUUAUUUGUAAAAAGAAAUCCAUUACUGUCUUGAAUGUGUAAAAUGUUGAAUAAUAGUCAUUGCUGUACAUAAAUGUGGUGACAUGUGCUCUUUACAACAUAGUGUAUAUAAAAGUAAUAGACAUUAAUCUAGCCUAAGUUUACAUUAUGUAGAUAAAAGUUAUUCAUUUUACUGUAUUUUUUAGAGAAAUAUUUGUAUUAUGUAUGUUAUAUAGAUUAUAAAAGUGCUAAUUUUUGCGUUCAAAAAUUUUAACACUAGUGAAUUGAUUUAGAGGU